AGUCCGCUCGCAGAGACGUGGGGAACAUACUGGAUGUGCCCGCUCCUCCUCCUCCUCCUCCUCCUCCUCCGCCACCUCCUCCUCCUCCAUCGCACCAAGGACGCAGACAUUCCCUUCUCUCUCUCGUCGCAGGGGCUCGAAUCUCUGAAUCUCCCGCAGCCUUCAUGAAAUAGCCUGAAAAGUCGGAUAGCAGGAUAAAAACAAAACAACCGACAAAACCACACAAAGCCGAGAAGAUGAUUUCUCCGUGGGACCGCUGGUACUCGACGAGCUGCUGCCUGUGCUGCCACGUCCGGACGGGCACCAUCAUCCUGGGAAUAUGGUACAUGCUCAUCAAUGCAGUGGUGCUACUCAUCUUGUUGUCGGCUCUCAACGACCCAGUUCAGUACCGCUACCACCUUACCAGCUCUGAACUGGGAACUGACAUCGAUGUCAUGGACGAUGCAAAUAUCUGCAUCGCUACUGCAAUAUCCCUACUCAUGAUUCUUAUAUGUGGCAUGGCAACGUACGGUGCUUACAAGCAACAUGCUGCUUGGAUCAUUCCAUUCUUCUGCUACCAAGUCUUCGACUUUGCCCUUAACACACUGGUAGCCAUCAGCGUGGUGGUUUAUCCCAACACAGUGCAGGACUACCUCCAGCAGCUGCCGGGGACAUUCCCUUACAAAGAGGACAUCAUGUCCACCAACAACAUGUGCCUAGUCUUUGCAGUCCUCGUCUUCAUUGGCUGCAUCCUCUCCUUCAAGGCCUACCUGAUUGGCUGUGUGUGGAACUGCUACAGAUAUGUGAGCGGCAGGGGCAGCACGGAGGUCCUGGUUUACGUCACCACGAACGACACCACGUUGAAUGAGUUGAUACCUCUAAAUCUACAAGGUUCUGCUGCCACCGUACGAGGAGGCCAUCGCCCUCCCGCCCAAGGAGCCUCCUCCCCAGUAUAUGGAGGCGUGAGUGGAGUCCUCGCCGCUGGACCCCUCACCCCCACAGCCCCUCCGUACCCCCAUCACACCUCUCUCCGACAGUAGGACCCUGGAACAUGUUGAAAAACCAAGGAGAAACAAUGUCUUAGAUGCUGGUUUCAGCUUGGAUUCCUGCCAAUUGUAGAUUAGUGACGCUGAGCCAGUAUCGCCAUCGACUCUGCCCCGCCCUCCUCCCCCAUCCUCCACCCUGCUUGUUGUGACGUUUUGUCCUCCCCUCUUUUCUCUUCUGUCCUCUCCAGAGGACAUCGACUUCAAGACCAACAGCUCCCUUGACCAUCACCCUCCCUCCCUCCCUCCCUCCCUCCCUCCCUCCCCUCACUCCCCUCCCUCCCCUCCCUCCCUCUUGGCAGCUGCUGAGUCCUGGCAGCAUCGGAACUCUUGCACGCCCCUGAACACUCUGUCCCAACCUAAUUUGCACUUUUCUUUGAGUGAAACGUGCACCCACCGGUCUUGGCCACCAACUGUUAACCCCAUCGAUACUGUGAAUCUCCCUCGUGGUCUUUGUAUAGAAACAAACUACCUGAAGAGAGAUAGUGCAGAGAGAGAGAGAGAGCGAGAGAAAGAGAGACAGAGAGAAGGAAAGCGACAUACAUGAUCAGUUAUGCAAGAGCACUUUUUUCAGAAAUUGACAAAUUUCCUUCAUUGAAUGUAAUGUUGGGGUAUUUUUGUAUGACUUUUUUUGUAUAACAGUGAAAACGGAGAGAAAAAGAAGCGAGUAGUGAAAGGCUGUCUGUCCUGGUGUGGUUAAAAUAUCAUCCGUGUGCUGAUGUAGCUUGUCCUGUGGGACUUCGUAUCGGAAAAAGGUUCCUCGACCAAUAACGACGUCUUCCUCUCGUACCCAUGUAACAAGCUUUUCUGUAAAAACCUGUCGCCCAUCGACUGCCAGUGUAAACCUCGUUCACCUGAAUUCAGUCACGAUGUAUUCCAGUUUGCCUUCCUGCCCGUUUUCGUGUACUUCUCCGAGAUCUCAAGAGACUUAAUGUAAACACUCACACAGACAUAAACACACAACAGAUUCACAUCCCAAAAAGAGGCAACACACACGAAACAGAAGUGUGUGCGAACGUUGACGUGUGAACAUGUGUCCUUGUUGAGUUGCAGCUGCAGAAGCAUUGACUGUGUCUUUAUCGGUUUGAUUAUUGAUUUAAUUGUGGUCUGUGAUGGGAUCGUUUGAGUUGACUUAGCUGGACUGAGGGCAUUUUCCUAUAAAGACGGCAUGACGUGCUGCUGUACAUGCACAGACCGUAUGCGUGUGUAUGUUCAAAUGUGUGUGUGUGUGUGUGUGUGCGCUUGCCUGCGAGCAGUAUGAUGUAACUUCCUUUAUAUGUAGUGACAUGUUUGUUUUUUUGCACAUGCAGUGAUAUCAUGUUGAGUUAUUUCCUGUGCUGGUGACGAUGGAUGGGGAUCUAAAGCAUUGAUUUAGCAUUGCAUAGUAGCACAAAAUCUAUACACACUAUACGGAGCUAGUCAACAGUGCAAAAUGCUUGGAGCAAGUUAGGCAACCAGUCAAGUAUUAUUAGAACUAGUAAUGGAACCAAUGACAACCAUGUUCUUUCCGAUAAUUCCUGAGUAGUUUGUUACAGAAGAAAACAAGUUACCAUGAAGUAGUUUUUCCAUUUGAUACUAAUACUGUGGGUAGUGAUGUAGCCCCUGUUGGCCCCUUCAUGAUCCCUGUGUGAAUUAUGACUUCUGCAAAUCCAACAAAGCUGAAAAAUAAAAUUGCACUUUAAAGUCAGCGCCACUGCAAAACCCACAUGUUUGUGUUUUCCCAGCAAAGUGGUUCUAAUAGGAAAUCAGCCGCCCCCCCGUCAGGAGGAGACAAGCUUCCAAAACUUUUAUUUACACUGUCUGAUGUGGCUGAGAAGCUUCAGAGCGUUGACACAGCUGAUUGGAGUUGUGUCAAGUUUAGAGGAAAAAGGGAAAAAAGCUUGUAUGUGGACGAGUGGACGGUUGAUGCCUCAUUUUUUAUUAGAAUCGCUCAAAGACUGUUGUCAGUCUGUUUUCCACUCACACACGUGUCCUCUUGUUGGAUCUGGAUGAGCUCAUGUCUUCAACUCUGAAUAAUAAAAAAUCUAAAUCAA